GUCAUGGUCGAGGGAGCAGGAGCUCACCAGUUUGCAGCUAGGUUUCGUAGUUAGACUGUUGGCUGGAAACAUUAAUCGCUCUGGAUCAGUGGCCCUUUAAAUAGACAAAUUAUCACUGGAAAUAGCUUUUCCUUUAACUACCCAGUAAAGUGAUAUUGUGAGCCAUUACCAUACAAGAUGCAGACAACAUGUUUCAUUCAAAGUAAAUGCCUGAUGUCCUUGACAAGGAUUUAGGGCCACAGCCAGGCAGGUCACAGGUGGAGCAGCAUUGUUAUCUUCAAAGUUGGAACAAUUUGAACAGAUUUUAUCAAUAGUAGUUUAAAUAUGGCAGUGAUAGCACGUCGAUGACACUGUAUGUGGUGUAAUACUUGCUGAGGCUAGGCUACAUCCAUGUGUAGAUGCAAGUGGGAAGAGUAGUGUGAGGUUAACACAUCAACGUCUGUCUCGGCAAGAAGCAAGAAGGAUGUUUCUUCAGAGCUUUGAGAAACCUGUUGACUGGAUAUCCACAAAUAUAUGUCUACCAACAAGACUGUCUAUUUUGGGCCAAAGGAUUCAUUUGAAUAGACAUUGUGCAAUGGCAUCUACAAUGGUAGGGCUGAUGUUUGGAGUGUUUGCCUCCUACCAAGCGAUAAUCCUGACCCUUGGGGAGCAAAUAGGAAACAGCGAAUAUUCCCUGGGAACAGGCCCCUACAGUCAAACUGAGUUCGGCAUGGAUGUGAACAGCUCCAGGAAUGUAUAUGCUGUUAUAUUUGAUGCUGGGAGCACAGGCUCCAGAAUGCAUGUAUAUCACUUCAGGAAAAAACAGGAGUGGAAUGUAGAGUUGGUGCAUGAGACAUUUCAACAAGUGAAACCCGGCCUAUCCAAUUACAGUGCUGAUCCUCACAAGGGUGCAGAGAGCCUGCACAAUAUGCUGGAGUCUGCCAUAGUAGAGGUGCCAGCUAAACUCCAGUCACAAACUCCCAUCGUCCUCAAAGCCACAGCAGGACUCAGACUACUGCCUAAUGGAGUGGCAGACCAUUUGUUAAAUGAGGUGUCAGAUCUGUUCAGGAGGACCAUGUUCCACCAAGUUGAGCAUGGUGUUGAAAUUCUGGGUGGCUCAGAGGAAGGUAUAUUCAGCUGGGUUACAGUGAAUUAUUUGGAAGGUGCAUUUCACAAAAAUGGAGAGAUGGUUGCAGCCCUAGAUUUAGGGGGUGGUUCUACACAGAUCACAUUUGUGCCAAAAGAUAAGGAGACAGUUGAAAGUGCACCAGACAGCUACAUUACAAGAACUAAUCUAUUCAGCAGAAACUAUACAUUAUAUACACACAGUUACCUUGGGCUGGGCUUGAUGUCUGCCAGAUUCCGGGUACUGGGAGGGACAGAGGAUGAAGAUGAUGGAGCUUCAUCAUCAUCAGAAACCCUACGCAGUGCCUGUCUGCCUCCAGACCACCAGUUUAGCUGGGUGCAUCAUGGCGGCAGAAAGUUUAAUGUCAGGGGGCUGGGGGCUGAGGCUACUCCCACGCUGCAGUCAACCACUACUCCCAGUGCCACAGUGGAUUCUAAUCUUAUAGAUGAAGUCAACGGAGGCUCAGUUCUUCUUAAAGAUUUCCAGGAAGCUGCUACACAAGCCUGUGGUAAUCCUGACAAAGAUGACCCAUUUCUUUGUAUGGACCUGACUUACAUAUAUUCCCUCCUGAAGGAUGGCUAUGGCCUUGAUCUCAAAUCUGGUAUUCAUGUAUUAAAACAGAUACAGAAAAUCGAAGUGAGUUGGACACUUGGUGCUGCUUUUCAAGUGUUGACCUCCCUGGGACAUCUGUGAUGAAACCAACACCACGUCUUUCAGCUCAACAUACACCUGAUCACAUUCACACAGCAGUGAUACAACGUACACACAGCAGUGAUACAACGUACACCAAGCAUAAUAGACAGGAGUGAUAGAGGCUUCUAUUUGAUACUGCAAUACCGAUGAUAACAAUGAUUUAUAGUUCAAGCUGAGAAUCAGAGAAGUGAGUGUUAUCUUCGAAAUGCAGCAAAUUCAUCAUGCACGAUUUUCCCAUUGCUAGGAUUAUUUGAUAGCGGAGUUAAAUUUAUUGAUUAACAUGUUCAUGAAAUUUAUGGGUGUUCAUAAAACAACUCUCCUCAAUAAAGCCAUGAUUCCAACAAACAUGAUGGGUUUGACACUGAAAUGUCACUUUGGACAGGUAUGCCUCAAAUUCAUGUGAAAUGUUUCAUCACAACAUGUAAAUGUAUCACUGCAGAAUCAGGAACAAUUAACAUAACAAUUUUCCUAAUUCCUUAAGUCAAUAUAUAAUGAAACAGAGCUUAGUCGUAACAAUUAGCUAACAUAAUCAAAAUCAGUCAUGAAUUGCCUGUUUCUAAAUAAUCCUAAACAUUCAUCAGUAGCAGAAAUAUAAGAAAUAUUCUGUUGCAUUGACUUUCAGUCAUUAAGAGCUGUUUAUGGAAAAUAUACUCCCUGUACAUAGCUGUUGUUGACAAGGAAUCAGAACAUUCAUGGGAGUUGAUAUAGAAAGAUA